AUGCAGACGACGUACACUUGCUACUACGAUAGCGCCCUCGAUGUCCAAUCUGUCGAUUCAGUGAUUGCCUAUGAUAUCAACUACUUGAGGUGGCGUAUAAACGACAAUUGGAAUAACGGUCGUUUCCGUCUAACACGCAUCCUUUGUCAUAGCGAUUCCUCCAGAGGGGUUUAUUGUCUUCAAUACGACUCAGAGAAGAUUGUUUCUGGUUUGCGGGAUGAUACAAUCAAAGUUUGGCGACGAGUUGGUACCCCAGCAACCUGUGUUGCCCCACACGUCUCCAACACUAAUAACAGUGCCGCAACUGUAGGAGAGCAAUCUAUCAACUCUAUGGAAGAAAAUACCAGUGCUGCUGCUGCUGCUACCUCUGCUCAAGCAACCGAUCCUUCACAGACAGAAGGAGACGGUUAUCAAUGCACACAAGUACUUCGAGGCCACACGGGCUCUGUACUCUGUCUCCAAUAUGAGGGCGAUUUACUUAUCAGUGGAUCCAGUGAUUCAAAAGUGAGACUCUGGGAUCUCUCUACUGGCGAUUGUCUUCAUAUCCUCGAAAAGCAUCAUGAAGCUGUGUUGCAUUUGCGUUUCAGGAAUAAGAUCCUCGUCACUUGCUCAAAGGAUCGAAAUAUCGCUGUUUGGGACAUGGGCAACCAACCAAAGGAUAUCCAACUUCGAACAAUUCUCCCUGGCCAUCGAGCAGCUGUCAAUGUCGUUGACUUUGAUGAGCGCUAUAUUGUAUCCGCUAGUGGUGACCGUACUAUCAAGGUCUGGAGAACGGAUACAUCCACAACAAGUCCGAUUCGCACACUGUCAGGCCAUCGAAGAGGAAUUGCUUGUCUGCAGUAUCGCUCCCCUUAUGUGGUCUCCGGCUCCUCAGAUUUCACAAUUCGCAUUUGGGAUAUUGAAACGGGUGUCUGUUUCCGUGUUCUUGAAGGUCACGAUGAACUAGUUCGUUGCAUUCGUUUCGACAACAAACGGAUUGUUUCUGGCGCUUAUGAUGGGCGAAUAAAGGUUUGGGACUUCAAGGCAGCUUUGAAUCCUCGUUCUCGAGCCAAUCAACUUUGCAUCCGUACGCUCCAUGAGCACACAGGCCGAGUUUUUCGAUUGCAGUUUGAUGACUUCCAGAUAGUUUCUUCAUCUCAUGACGACUCGAUCCUUAUCUGGGAUUUUACUCACAUGGACGCGACCUCAAAUGCCAACCAAGAAGAUGAAACAGGGGUGGGAGAAAAUGAUGACGGAUUCUUCAACGAAGAAGCAGCCGCUGCUGCCGCGGGAGGGAUUCCGGUAUUCAAUAAUCUACGUCACGUGCGACUCGUCCACUCUCGAUCACCCCAGCCUGCUUCCAAUAACGCCAAUCCUCCUCUUGCUCCUCCUUCUCUUAAUGCCAAUACUUCAGACCCGUUGGCUCCUCCUGGAGAUCAAAAUUCCGCCGGUCCUUCCAACACCGGUCUCUCUGAACAGAUUCUCCCAUCAUCUCAAAAUCCUUACUCAUCCACUCAAUCUCACGGGAAAAGCUGA